CAGCGGAUAGUAGCCUACUGAGCUUACGAGCAACAAACCAACCAUGAGUCAUUUACAGCUUGGUUUGCAAAAUCUGGUGAGACCAAAUAUACUGAAGUUGAUUCCUUACAGAUGUGCAAGGGAUGAUUACGAUAACGGUAACUCUCUUUUAAUCUGAUUUUAAAAAUAGAAGUGUUAGAUGAGCAAACCACGUUGUGCUAAUGAAGAACAAUGCACCUACUAGACCGUUAUGCAAGACAGGAACUCUUGAGCUUCGAUCGAAAAAUGCACAUUUAAACUCGUCGGUUUUUUAACUUCACGUUUUAAUUUUUUUGCCGGUUAUCGAGGGAGAUAAGAUUUGAAACAAUUUCACCGUCAUUGAUCAAUGGCUGCCCCCUGUAAAGUAUUCAUAGAUCAAGUGACUCCUUUUCGUUUUUACUCUGUAAAUUCAGCUCAAUCAAGGUAAUUUAUUCACCAUGCUAUCCUCGUGAUUAGUCAUUUUACUUUCACAUAGGUAAAAUAUUUAUAAUACGACUGAGUAUAGAAGAUGUCCUUACAAUGGUAACGCUUUGUAACGCAAUACACUCCAUUCCCAUUUGCACGAGCUACAUGACUUAUAUCCUCUUCCGAAUAUCAAAUGAUCAGUCAGUUAUUCAAAGUUUCCUAAAUCUUAUAUUGUAGUUAGAAAUUUUGAAACCUCAUUUUACAUUUAAAAUCUUAUCUGAAGAAAAGAAAAUGAAUGUUAAGCUAAAAUAGAGAUUAUAUGAAACUGUAGCAUCAAUGAUUUGCAUUGACUAUUUGAGGAUAAAUAACCUCUUGAUCACUCCUGGGAGUUAUAGGGUUAGAACCAUUUUCCUCUUCUUUUUUUUUCAUUUUUAAAUAUUUUAUCUCUUCCAAUAAUUUGUUUGAAAAAGAGUGAACUGGGAACAUGUAAAAAUGAUGAUCAACCGUCACAGAAAUUAAUUAAAAACAUUUGGUGUUUUUCUGAUACCAGGCAUUCUCCUGGAUGCCAAUGAAUGUUCAUAUGGAUCAUGCAUUCCAAUGGAAGGUGACAUGAAUCGUUACCCCUCCCCCUACAACUUUGAUUUGAAGGAGAAAAUAGCAAAGUACAGGGGGGUGAGGAAAGAGCAGAUAUAUCUUGGAGUGGGUAGUGAUGAAGCAAUUGAUAUGGUGGUAAGGGUGUUCUGUACCCCUGGUGAGGGAAGUCUAUUGAUCACUCCACCUACAUAUGGAAUGUAUAAGGUAAGAUUGAAAAACUUUUGCAAAGACUGCCACUGGGAACCUCUUGAAAAGUUUCCCCUUUCUAGUAAAGUAACAAGAGUAAGCACUCAGGCUAAGUGGUACAUACUCAAGAGCUGCCAGGUAGCCAGCCAAAACUGCUGGCUAAUCUGUCAUUUUUAGCGCAGCUUCUUUCUCUUUAUUUUAUUAUAAGUGCUAGUUAAAAAUCAUCUCAUUUUAGUUUACCAGUAACAGCUAGGUUAAGGUGUAUGAGUCAAUUAUAAAUUCAGAAUUUGCACAAAGGUUUUGUACAAAGUUGUUGAUGAUCACCAGGAACAUUAGAAGUUGAUAGUUCUCAGUUCCUUGCCUUGUGUGUUUCUGUCAAAACAACAUGGCAACCAAGAUAACAUGUUGGCCCAGUAUUUCUUAUGCUUCCUCAACUUUCAAACUUGUUGACAGCCCUGCCCAUACUACCAGACCUUAUCCUAGUAUCUCUAGCAAGAAGGAUGCUACUGUUAGGUAGUUCAUUACAGGUUAGGCUCCUAUCUCUCCCCUCUACUUUCCCCCCCCUUUAACUCCUUCCUCCCUUCCCCCCAACUGUAGCUGAUAUUAAUAACUAGUACUCUUUUUCCCUCCUGGAUGGAGAGGGGGAGAGGGGGAGAGGAGAGAGACACUGUGAGUGUAAAGUGUCUUGUCCAAGGAUGAAACACAAUGAUUAUAGCACCCUGGUCUCAGACCUGGACCUCUUAAUUAGAGCCCAGUUCUCCUACUGUCUCCUUCUGCAAAUGUUUACUGUUACCCUACUGUUGAGGAUUAUGUAAACUGAGAACUUUGUAAUAAAUUUAAUUAAAUUUUGUUUCAUCAUGAGACAUGAAAACAUAUGUUGCUUGAUUGUUGACAAGCAGACCUUUUCGCAGGUUGUGGCUGACAUAAACAAUGUGCAAGUUAUUUCAGUUCCUCUGACAGAAGAGUUCCAUUUGCCAGUUGAUGAGGUAUAUAUUUAUAUAUGCAGUUUAGUCUUAACUUCAGUUUACUUGAUGGUAAUCAGAAACUCUCACUUUUUCACUCUCAGGCUGAAAAAGUGGGAAGUUACUUAUUUGAAAUAUUUUGUUGUUGUUAUUGUUCUCAGUUCAUUUUUCAUUUUCCACGUUCUGGUUUCAUUUUUAAUUAUUACCUUUGAUUGUUCCCAUACAAAUGAAUGAAUGAUACCAUAACAGGUUGAGUGCUAUUGGUGGAGAAAUUUCAGAGAAAGAAAAUUAACCCUUUUAUUCUCAUGGGUGACCAAAACACAAUUUCCUUCCUUAAAGUCUCAAUACAAUAUCAAGCAGACAAGUGAUUUGAAUAAAUUUUAAUAUAUAUUAGGGGAUUAUCAUGAUCAGUUGAUCCAAUACCAAAUUCUCUGAAAUAACAUGAUGAGGGUUGCAUGGUAGAUAGUAAGGAGAAUUACUGAUAAGAUCUUUGGAGUAAAGGGGAUGCUGGGGAAGGCUUUGAUGACAUGUUUCCCAAAUGCCAGUUGGACCCUAGUUCUAACUGAGCUUCACAUUGAGCCACAGAGAUCAACUUAACCUCUGGCCAUUAUUUUUUUUAGGUUGUAGAUGCAGUAACUCCACAAACCCAUGUGAUUUUUUUAUGUUCCCCAAACAACCCAACAGGCAACACUCUGGCAACUGACAGAAUUAUUGCACUUCUUGAGAGAUUUGAAGGAAUAGUGGUGAUUGAUGAAGCGUAUGUUGAUUUCAGCACUUGUGGUAGUCUGUGUUAUCUUCUCGACAAAUAUCCUCGCUUAGUAAUUCUGCAGACUUUUUCCAAGGCAUUUGGUUUGGCAGGAAUAAGGUGAGAUUUUUAUCCAACAAAAAAUCUACAGAAUUUAUUUUGAUGUUAAUAUCCCACCUUAGAUUUUGAAAUACCAUGUGAGGGCAUUUUUCUCCACUCAAGCCACUAACAGACGAAGGAGAAACUAAAUGGUGCAUUUUAGCAGAACCUGUUUGUCAAAUGUUGCAAAGUUUUGCAGGAUUCAGACUACCUGAUUCUGACACAGCUUUUUAAGGUUGGAGAGUUUGAUUAGACAAAAAAAAAUCACUAUUCCUUUUCUCUUUAAAGGUUUGGGAUGGCCAUUGCUCAUGAAGACAUCAUUACAAUAUUCAACAAAGUGAAAUUUCCUUAUAACAUCAGCAAACUCACUGCUUCUGUAGCUCACAAAGCACUAGAUAACGUACACCUUAUGGAGGCUAAUGUGAAGAGCAUUGCUGAACAGAAAGAAAGGAUUAUUGAAGAGCUGGAGAAACUCCCAACAGUGAGAAAGGUAACUGGUGACUUUGUUACAUUAGUACAUGUAACCUAAUCGGCCAUUUUACAGUUGUGUACUUAGUUGCCAAGCCUUUGAUUUGGAGUGAGGCUGAAGGUGACCUUGCCGUGAUAGAGACCAGUAUCUAGUUAGCAUGAUAACAAAGUAAUUUGCAUUUGAAAAGCAACAAGGUUUGUAUCAUAACAAGGUCAACCUUAGCCUCACUCCUGUUCAAAGGCUUGGCAAUCAAGCACACAACUGUGAAAUGGACUAUUGAAUUAUCUAAACCAAAUACAUACCAUCAACAUCAAGUGAACACAUCUACAGCUGUAUGUCUGUAUUUCAUUUAGAUUCUUAACUCCUUACACCCUAACAUCAUCAUGCAUAUUCUCCAUACUACUCUCUAUACAAGGUGCUGGCAAGGAGAAUUUGCUUAACAAUCAAGAGUUGCAUUACGCUGUUUACUACUGACUGAGCGCUUGGAACAGGCAAGGUCCCAUGGAUUUUCUGGUUUCACAUGGUGCGGUUCCAAGUUUACGGUCACAAAUGACAGAUAGGAUUGAAAUACGUGAAAAGCUUAACGAACCAGAUAUUCGACCAUGAACUGACUGAUGCAUAAAGUGAUUUAAUUUUUCCUUUCGUGUCUUUUUUUGUAGAUUUUUCCAUCAGAUAGCAACUUCGUUUUUCUGAGGAUAGACCACGCCUAUGAAAUCUACAAGAAAAUGGCCUCAGAGAAAGGUGUUGUGAUUCGCUAUCAAGGAUCUAAAGUCCACUGCAAAGAUUGUGUCAGAAUUACCGUUGGGACCUCAAAGGAAAAUGACGAAUUGCUUAAAACCUUGAAGAAAACCAUAGCAGAGCUGGAUGAGGCUCCAAAUGGUUCGGUCUGAAUCAUCAUAAAAUUUGUGUGCAUUUUCUCUUUCAUUGUAGUUCAUUCUAGUGCCAGUUUUACUUAGAAGAGAUUAGGGAGUUUAAAAAAAACCACAACGACAAUGGUAACGGGAAUGUCACUAAACAAAAGGUUUCAUGAGCAGGACAAAGGCUGUACACGUGUGUUGUAAAGCUUUGUAAAUUUCUUUGCGUUCUCUGCAAAACAAAAUCGUGAAAUGACCAAACUUUGCGUUUUCUGGAGAACGUGAACGGCGACGCCUAAUUUUUUAGAUUCCCAUGUCUAAUUUAACGCUGCGUUCCAUGUUCAGUUUCGAGAUAGUUUUGGCCGCGAGAAACAAACUUAAUGACUUUCGAGUAUCGCGAGAUUCGUAUGUCAAAUAUAAGUUCAUUUUUUAACUGACGUUGUCCACGGCGUCGCCGUCGUCGUUUCUUAAACUCCAUAUUGUCGGCUCUAUUUAGUCGCCAAAACAAUAUUUGGGAAGGGGAGAGGAAUGUUACUGCCUUUCUAGUCUAACUGGGAGAGGAAAACAGCAAAGCGAAUGCUUUAUAAAGACAACUUCAAAACACAGCGGUCAAACGCCUGCAUAUGUGCAAGCGUUGUAAUGACUACUCGGCGUGCUUUCAGGCUGUCGGAACCAAGUUGUCUCACUCGAGUUACAUAAUUACAAAUCAUAAGAACCACUACGUCAUGGUGUUUAAAAAACGUAUAACUUUUUCGGUAAAACUCAAAACAAAAUAGUUAAUCUGCAGGAUACCCGUACUUCAGAAAGCUUAAGUCCGUACAGUCUCAAGUACUGCUUUUCCCUUCUUUUGUUUCUUUUUAAAAAUUUCUGUGAACUUUUCAAUUUUCUUUUGUCUCUUUUGCGAGACGGUAAGUGUUUCUUAUGUUUUCCUUUGAUGUUUAGCGCGGGAAAUUAGCGCGUGGCCGGGCCGAUUUGAUCCCACUGCGCAUGCCGGACGUUUACCGCUGUGUUCAUCCUCAACGGUAUAGUCUAAAUUUCGGAAAGUAAGCCCGUGGCCCUCUGAUUUUUAAGGGCUCACAUUAUAGGAGCGAAAUUUAUCAAUGGAAUUAAAUAUUUGUCCUAGAGAAAGAAAUUCUUGAAAGGAAAGAACUCUAUAGUUCUGAAUGUCACGGCUAUUCAGGGGGUGCGUGGGGGGUGUAUGUAAAAGGGGCGAUAUUAACUAAAAAGCUCUCCCUCCCCCCUGUUUUUUCUAUAAAGUUUGUGUGGGUCGUAUAGAGUCGUGAAAAAAUGAUUGAAAAUGGUACUUUUUUAGAAUAGCAAAGAAAAAGAAGUAAGAACGUUGUGGCGUUUUGAAACCGACUUCUUCAUCCAAGGUUGUGAAAAACGUUUAAGAUGUCCUGAAAAGGGUCAUGAAACGUCAUUGAAUAUUAUGGUUUUGCACAAAUUUAAAACGUUUUACCCUUCACGGACUUUCCUGUUACUUUUUUUCGUUCUAAACAUUAGGAACAAGCAAGAAUUCAGGGGCUUACUUCCGGGAUUUUAAGUGAUGUUACGUAGUGCGAUCAAGAGUGAUAUAUUUAUAUCUUGUUUUAAACUCU